AUGACAGAUGUCCCGGAAUGCUAUAACUACGGUGUGUUUUUUGACGAUGGGUAUGAUUACAUGAAGCACAUGAAGUCAAUGAAAGAGUUCGUCCAGGAUCCAAACUAUGUAAUUGAAAACGAAGAAGAUGCCGUGAUUCCUGAUAAUUAUGCCCCUCCUGCUGUUGAAAUGGUCGUUUCUGAUGAUCCAGUGGAUGAGGAAUUUGAAAUUCCUUCAGAUGAUGAGAUGACGACAGACGGAGAUGAAUUGGAGGACAAUUUUGUCGAAUUGGCUGGUGGCAAGCGCGUACGCCUGAAUGACGAGGAUAGCGGCGAUGAUGACACGGCCAGGGAUAGCUACGAAAUUAGAGACGUGAAACCUACUCCUUCAACCGCUAAUCUACCUCUUCACAAAAUACGCUUGAUGGAGCGCUAUUUAUGGGGUGCAGAAGUCGAAGAGUUUCCCAUGGAAGAUCCAUACGGGAUAUCCACUCAUCAAAAUCCUGUUGCUGUUUCCACCGCAAGAAAAGGUCGUCCGCUCACCGAUGGAGAAGAGCUCCUCGAAAAACAGUUUGGCAAGCUAAUGCAAGUGACAAAAUCAAGGAGCGGCUUUGACUUUCAUUCAGCCAUGUCCGGCACCUCUGUCAUCAGUGAAAACUUGCAGUCAGCCGUCCGGGCAGAUGAGAUAAUGAUAUCAAAACGGCAUCCCAAAACCAUUGACUUGGACUCUCUGGAUGACCAUCUUAGAGUAGCGACGCUUAGUCGUUUGGACGAAAUGUUAGAGCCUGAAGGAGAUCCACUGAAGGACUGGGUGGGUAAGGAAAGGGUUACUAUGGCCACGAUUACCACCAAUUACCAAGCAAUGGGCGGUGAAGUAUCGAAAGAGCCAGAAGUUCUUGCUAUGCCCAAACUCAAGUCGAGUUCCAAACCGGCAAAGACUGAGGUUGAGGAUGUUAAUUCGUCCUUAGAAAGUGAAAAAGGGAGUGAUUAUGAGUCGGAAAUGUCAGCCGAGGUGAACCUUCAUCGUCGGAUAAAGGGUGAGACAACUGAAGAGAAGCGAGCUCGCAAAGCCGCUCUAAAGGCUCAGAAACGAGAACGGCAGCGAAUCAAGAAGACAAACCGAACAAACUUUCGACGGGAGCAUGUGCUAUUGUCCAAGACUGGCAAGUCUGCCUACUCCAAUGGUGGAAGAGUUUUUAUGGACGGCUGA